AUGGCGUGGAGCCCUGCUAAGUUCAUCGCCUUGUCACUGGCACUAAUGUCCCUCGCUCUCGUCUCUGUGGCGUUGAGAUUUUGGGCGCAUACGAAAUCGGGAAACCGGGUCGGAGCCGAUGAUGCGCUUAUAAUUCCCGCUUUGCUAAGGAUGGCGGUGACUGAGGUUAUCGGUUUGUGUGCAUACUAUCAGACGUCUGCCGUAACUGAAAAGCCUGUAGGUACAGAGUUCGGGGAGAUGGCGCAGCAUCAAACCAACAUAAUAGGGCCUGAUGGUCCAGUAUACACCAAGCAACUAGAGGUAUACGAGAAGGCAAACUAUACCUUGCAACUCCUUACCUUAGUUUUUCUGGGCUUCAGCAAGACGUCCGUCCUGUGCUUCUACCGUCGAGUCUUUGACGUGUAUCCACGCUUCUUAUUCGUUAACAACAUCCUCAUCGUCGUCAUUGUGGCCUGGGCGGUGUCGUUGUUCUUUGUGGUUUUUCUCCAGUGCCGAGACCCCAGAACGCUCUGGACAACUUUCGAAUACGCUCGGGUCGAAUGUGUCGAGCCGCUGCCCUUUUACUACGCUGUUUCAAUCAGCGGGUUUAUCACAGAUAUCGCUAUCUUGGUCUCACCAAUCUCAGUCAUCUAUCAACUCCAGAUGCAUUGGAAGACCCGCACCGCGGCAGCAUGUAUCCACUUACUUGGUGCAGUCGUAUGCGGUGCCGGAAUCGCACGUUUCGUCACCUUCAUCGAGGUCGGCCGAAACGUCAUGUACAACUUUGAUGAUAUAACUUGUAGGCAAGACCCAGAACCGACGCUGAUGUGA